AAGGCCUUUCUGAAACAAUAGACCACAUUUCAUAACACACGACACUGUCUCUCUCUUCGAUCUUCUCUCUCAUCCGCAACAGUUCGUCUCCGGUUCUCUUUUUCAGCUACCAUCUGCAGCCCUGCACAGCUGAAAACCGGCUAAGAGUGUCCAUUCCAUCAGAACUGGAGCAAAUAACAAGACUGUGUUGUUCCUAACAAGGAAGCAGAUGAGGAAGUCCAGUAAUAUCCUCAGCAGUUCUCAUGAAUUCAAUGAAAUCGGCUGCCAGUAAGCACCUCCGGUUCUCUACUUCUCCUUCUAAGCCUUCGUCUUCACUUCCAUGGAUCUCUCCUCUUCAGUUCCUCAAAACCACCUCCCCCAAACCAGACCCUCGUACCGAAACCACAAUCACCCUCUCAGAAACUCAAAGGAAGCCCAAAUUUAUCUCUCACGAAUCCGCCACCAACUUGAUAAAACGUGAGAGAGAUCCACAACGUGCCUUGGAGAUUUUUAACUUGGUAUCGGAUCAAAAGGGUUUUAAUCACAAUAAUGCCACCUAUGCGACUAUUCUCCAUAAGCUUGCUCAGUUUAGGAAAUUUCAGGCCAUUGAUGCAAUACUUCAUCAGAUGACCUAUGAAACUUGUAAAUAUCAUGAAGGUAUAUUCCUUAACCUCAUGAAGCAUUUCUCAAAAGCCUCUCUGCAUGAAAAAGUCCUGGAGAUGUUCUAUGCUAUCCAGCCAAUCGUUCGCGAAAAACCCUCCCUUAAAGCCAUCAGCACCUGUCUCAAUCUCCUGGUUGAAUCAAAUCAGGUUGAUUUGGCCCGAACGUUUCUCUUGAAUUCGAAGAGGAAUCUCAACUUAAAUCCCAAUACUUGCAUUUUCAACAUUUUGAUUAAGCAUCACUGCAAGAAUGGGGAUCUUGAAUCUGCUUUUGAAGUGGUAGAGGAGAUGAAAAGGUCUAAAAUUUCUUACCCCAACCUGAUCACGUACUCAACUUUGGUAGGUGGUCUCUGUGCAAGGGGAAGAUUCCAGGAUGCAAUUGACCUGUUCGAGGAAAUGGUCUCAAAGGAUAAAAUCUUACCUGAUGUGUUAACUUACAAUGUUUUAAUUAAUGGGUUUUGUCGUGGAGGGAAAGUUGAUCGAGCAAGGAAGGUAAUGGAAUUCAUGAAGAGGAAUGGAUGCCACCCAAAUAUAUUCAAUUACUCAACCCUGAUGAAUGGGUUAUGUAAGGAGGGAAGAUUGCAGGAGACUGAGGAGGUGUUUAAUGAGAUGAAGAAAGCUGGUCUGAAACCUGAUGCUGUUGGCUAUACCACUUUGAUCAAUAGCUUUUGUAGGGCCGGGAAAAUUGAUGAAGCUAUGGAGUUGCUCAAGGAGAUGAAAGAAAACAAGUGCAAAGCUGAUGUUGUAACCUUCAAUGUGGUGCUUGGAGGAUUGUGCAGAGAAGGUAGGUUCCAGGAAGCUCUUGUAAUGAUCGAGAGGCUACCUUACGAGGGUGUUUUUCUGAACAAAGCAAGUUAUAGGAUUGUGUUGAAUUUUUUGUGCAAGGAAGGAGAACUGGGGAAGGCAACGGAGUUGCUGUUUCUGAUGCUGGGUAGAAAAUUCCUACCACAUUUUGCUACUUCUAAUGAGUUAUUAGUUCGUCUUUGUGAGACUGGAAAGGCAGUUGACGCAGGUAUGGCAUUGUUAGGACUGGUAGAGAUGGGAUUCAAGCCCGAACCUACUUCAUGGAGUAUUUUGGUUGAGUUGAUAUGCAGAGAAAGAAGGUUAUUGCCUGCGUUUGAACUGCUCAAUGAGUUGGCUACAACAUAAUUGCGUAUUCAUGCAUUGUUGGACAAUAACAUUAUGAGGAGAGAGAUUAAUAAGUAUAUGCAACAAUCGUGGGUCUUACGUUUCUUGGUGAAAUGUUUUCUUGACCGACAAUGUAAUGAAGUCUAAAGGAUGUGUCUGGUUCUCGCCUAUCCGUCAUCUGCACUCUCGAGCUUGCAUUUGGCUUAGAAAAUUUUCAGUAAUCUAUCCUCCUUUCUGCUUAAUGAUAUAUUGAUGCGAGAAUCGAUAUCUUUUCUGAUUACUUUAUUUUGUGUGUAAAUUGCCAGAUUCCUUGUUCAUGUGGGCUUUACCAGGAAAAUGACUUUGUUUUGCUUCA